CUGAGUUUUAUUCAGAAUUCGGGCUGGAAACCUUCUGCCCAAAUCCCAAUCAUUAGGUUUAGACGUGAGUUGAGCUUUAUUCCGGCCCAUCCCGCCUGACUUGCAGCCCUAAUCAGUUCGGCUUCCCGCUCCAGACUCCUUUGAGUGAGUGAGGUGAGAGUGACUCAAAAGUCAAAAUAAACGGUAACACUUUCUAAUAGUUAAAACAGAAAACGGAAAUAGCGAAGCACUUAGCGACUGCCGAGUUGGGUCCUCAGCUUCAAAAACUCGGGAGCAGCCGAACCAAUGCUCAAGGCAUUCACGUUUCUCCCCCGCAACACCAUCUCCCCAUUCCGAAGGAUUUGUAUGAGCAAAAUGGGCACAUCAAAAAUACCAUUAUCUCCAAAAUUCAUUUCUGUGGAGGAUGAUAAAACCAAUUGUGGAAGUAACUAUGAUGGCUGCAGAUUCCGUAUUGUCUCGUAUAAUAUUUUGGCUCAGGUGUAUGUGAAGAGUUCUUACUUUCCGCACUCUCCAUCACCUUGUCUCAAGUGGAAAACUCGUUCUCAAGCAAUUUUAACAGUUCUUAAAAGCCUUGAGGCUGACUUCUUCUGUAUACAGGAGUUAGACGAGUAUGAUGCCUUCUACAAGGGGAAUGUGGAGAACCAUGGGUAUUCAAGUAUUUACAUUCAGAGAAGUGGACAGAAGCGUGAUGGAUGUGGGAUCUUCUACAGGCACAGCAUUGCAGAAUUGGUCUUAGAGGAGAAAAUAGAAUACAAUGAUCUUGUAGAUACUGUUGAAGAUGGAACUAUUUCAUCUAUUAGCUUGCAAACUAAUGCACUGACCCUUGAGGAUAAAGAGGCUAAUUCAACUGAUGAUUCACUGCCAAAGAAUGGUCCAAAUGACCGUGGAGAUCCUAAUGAUCCUCGUGUAAGAUUGAAACGUGAUUGUGUGGGAAUAAUGGCAGCAUUUAAGCUUAGGGAUCCUUCUAAUCAUCUUGUUAUUUUGGCCAAUACACAUCUUUAUUGGGAUCCAGAAUGGGCUGAUGUCAAGCUUGCACAGGCAAAGUACCUUUUAAAGCGCUUGGCUCAGUUUAAGGAAAUUGUUUCAAUCAAAUAUAACUGCAGACUGUCUGUUAUUUUGGCUGGUGACUUCAAUUCUAUACCUGGAGAUAAGGUAUACCAAUAUCUCAUCUCUGGGAACAAUUCGGCCAUGCGACCUCUGGAUAAUUUGGAAGAGCUUCCAAUUCCCCUUUGUAGUGUUUAUGCAUAUGCUGGAGGAGAACCACCAUUCACGAAUUGCACACCUGAUUUUACGAAUACUCUUGAUUACAUAUUCUUUUCCCCUUCAGGGUGUCUGAAGCCAGUCAGUUUACUUCAACUUCCGGGAUUGGACUCUGCUGAUGUAGUUGGUGGAUUGCCCAACUACCAGCAUCCAAGUGAUCAUUUGCCCAUUGGUGCUGAUUUUGAAGUUAUCAAGACUUGAAGUUCCAAUUGGUAACUCGCUUUACAUGAUAAUUAAUCUUAUUCAAUAUUUAGAUAGGAAGUAGAAAAUAAAGAAUUUGGGAAGCUGGGUUUGAUUGUAUUCAUCCCGUCAGUUUGGAAUCUCUAAGUUGUUUGCACUUUUGGGUAAAUAGGAAGAACUAAGUUAUUCUUUAUCCUUCGUUAUUUGUUAUUACUAACA